AUGUACGAGACCAACCUGUACAACAACAAUGAGGGCGGUAACAGUGCGAGUAGCAGUGAGUGUAGUACUCUCUACGACCCGACUAUGCUAGGUCCGGGCCCGGGAUUUGAUCAAAACCCACCACCACAGCAACCACCACCACCACACCCUUGGACCAGCGAAUACGCGGCGAGUUGGGGAGUUCCACAAGAUCUGGAGCCUGCCGUUUGGGAUAUGGGCCUGAGUGACUACUACGCCGGAACGGUAUUUCCGUAUAAUUUCAUCAACCGUACACGAUUCAAUGGCACUGGAUCCUCUGGUAGGGCCCUGAACACAGCCAUUGGGGUAGAGGUACCGCUAGAGCCGGUCGAGCGGCGGCGGAGGCUCCGAGACACUGCCGAAACACUCCUUCCAAAUGAUGACUCUUCCAAACACAACAACGGCUCUCGUUCCCCUACCGCGCCAGACCCCGGAGUAGCUGCUCGACUGCGCAAGGAGAUGGGGGGCGCCAAGACCUUCAUGUGGUCGCGGGUUGAGGGCGAAAACCCAAAUCCCAGGAUGUACCUCAUAUUUAACCUUGCGUACGAUAUAGAUAAGAAGAUAGCAUCAAUUGCGGCCGAUGUAUAUUCCAUACGCUAUGGCUUUAAGGCGCUCUUGAAGGCUGGCGCGUUGUUCGCACUGCGAGAUAACCUGCAAAAAAGUCUGCGGGCAAUUGAAAAGGCCCAUGCCGAGCUUGAGAGGAUACUUGACCAGGCGGUGGACGAGACUGAUGGGUUUGUGCGCCCUAGUCCGUACGCGAAGAUUCCGUCGAUGAUUAAGACUAGGCGCCGGGAGGUGAAUAGUGAGGGUGAGUACUUCCCACGGCCGCGGGCAGCCUUGAGGGUCCCUGUUGUACCUACGGUAGUCCAAAGAUAA